GCGGGGAUCUGAAAGACCCAAACAUUCCUCGGAUUUGAUAGUGCAAUUAUUUUGCACAACUGUCAUUUUUGGAAGGGAAUUUUUCCUCUCCCAUGUCUUCUUGAUCCACGAUUGCUUUCUCAUGACCCGGGACGAUGGGUUUUACGGGAUUUUUGGAGUAUAUUGAGCGGAUUUGCCCGCAGGCAUGCGAAAGAGUCGAUCUCGGACAACUUGCGAGAAAGCGUCUGCAACAGAGCGCUGGCCCCGGCCGACGCGGUCGGGCCCUGGUGGGUCAAAACCCCCUGUUUCUCCUGGUGGAUGCAGAAAGCUGUCUUCACCGUCUUUAUGGCGGUAGUUUCACGGACUGGGUAUGCGGUGGAGAAUGGAAUAACAUGUUCCACUUUGUGGACAAUCUCGCCCGUGCAUGCCGAAGCAACAACAUCAAAUUAAUCGUGUAUUUUUGCGGGAGUUUAGAAAAAGGACGCAUACAAGAUUGGAUUAAGUCACAAAACCAAGCCCGGAAUACAGCCUACCAAGUUUUGUCUCACAUCCAUAAUAAAGGAACACCUCCACCUAAAGCAUGGUUCACGCCUCCAGUAGCUAUCGAUACAUGCAUCCGCCUGGCGAUGCGACAAUGCGGCAUAACGACCCUCAGCAGUUCCAGAGACCACCCACGCGAACUCAUCACCUACCUGCGCCAGUACGGUUGCCAUGGCGUCCUGGCGCAGACGCCGGAGUUUGCCAUCUUUGACCCGCCCCUGAUGUUUUCCUCCCACCUGAUGAAACUGACCAAGAAAGGAGAGCUCCUGUCGGUUCAGUACAACCUUAAUGAGGUCGCCAAGUUGCUCAAUCUGCAUCCUGAGAGAUUUGUCAUUUUGGCUGCUCUCCUAGGUAACCAUAUACUGACGGAGGAGGACCUAGCCCUGUUUCACUGGUCUCUGCUCGGUCCGGACCAUCCACUCAACGGCCUCAGACUGAGGGCACAGCAGUUGAUCCUGCCUCCCCUGGACGUGAUCAUCAACACCGUCAGCGAGUACGUCCGCAACCUCCCUGAUACCCGCAACCUUGACGCCGUCGCAAAAGACGUCUUCAAGAGCUCCACCUCGCGCACCGAGGAGAAGAUCAGACGCUUCAAGGCGUGUGUGGAGUACUACUGGUAUGGGACCAGGGAAGCCUGGGCCAAGUCUAGGGGCAAAGUUCCCAAGUUCAGUCACUACUCGUCACAAAGUCAACACAACAAUGUGUCCCACAAGAACCAGACUAACACACAAACUACACAGGAUUCCUCCACUCCACAGAUUGUUGUUCAGGCACCCGAGCAACAGGCUCAGUCUGACUUAGAAAAGGAGUUGACCGAUGACAUCCAUUCCCAGAUGGAGGAAGAUCUUGAGAAGAGGAUGGCGGACAUGACCUUAGAGACGAUCGAGGACAGUCUGAGCGAAGGGGAGACCCAAGAGGAGAAACCCCAGCAAAGCAGGGCUCAGUCAUCAAGCAAAACUUCCCAGGAGACGCCACUGCCUCCCUCCAGCAGCAAGCACCCACCAGACGGCCAGUCAGAAACCUCCUCCACGACGCAUACAUCUCGUUCCUCCAUCCCGUCCCUCAUGGAGCAGCCUGUGCCCCCUUGCCUGCUGGUGGAGGCUCCGCCCCUUCCGUUUGUCGCCCCCGAGGUGUUGAGGAUAGCCAAGCACCGUCAUGAGACGGCGAGCAUGAUGCCACAAGUGUGCCAAAUUCUCAGAUGGGGAGAGAUGAAGAUAGGUGUAACCCUUGAGGAUGAGAUGAGUGGUGAGUUCCCGCUCUCUACUCACCUGUUUCGUCCAAUCCGGCAGAAGGUCUAUGGUAUCCUCUUCAGUUGCCAACACCUCAAGGAGGCUAAUGGUGGUGCAGAUGUCCCCAAAGUAGUGAUCAAGGAGUGGCUGAACCGACGAGAAUCCACCCUCCCUAAACCAGACCUUGUUGAAGCCACACCCAUGGAGUGGUUGGUGCCCCCGGUGCAGCGACUGUGGCUUGGGCGUGAGCCCGAGGACAAGACGAUGAGGCUGCGUGCGUUCUUGUCCUGUAUGUACAGCGACUCACCCGCCAUGUUGAAGACCACAUACGUUCCAAGACACGCUAUCAUUCUUUGCUGUGUGCUCAGGUACAUGCUACACUUCAGUCCUCCAAUCCUGAGGCGACAUGAACUAGAUGCACUGUUGGCUCAGAGCGUCUCGCCAGGCUUGAACCAACCCCAGAUGCUUCAGGAGCUCAGGGUGCCGAGUAUCACAGCACGUGGUGUGCAGCUGGCAGCGAUCUUCAUGCGUGGUGUAGAGGCGGCAUUGCUAGCCAACGACGCUUCUGGCGCCCCCAUCCCCUGGGAGCUUUGCUGUCCGUGGUUGUACUUUGAUGGGAAACUCUUCCAGUACAAGCUCCACCGGGCCAUGACUGGCAGUAACCUCAGAGAUCUCUGUGAUGGAAAAAUGGACCAAGUUGGUAAAGUAGAGCGUAUGAGACAAUGCAUCCAAGAGGGGGUUCAUAUCGACUUUGCCCGGCCGGUCAUGCCCCCUAUGGGGUACCCCAAUCAGUUCCCGCACCAGGAGUGUUACUACAACUUCAGGCCGGCUGGGGCAUCAGUGCCUCAAAUGCCUCCGCAGAUGGGGCGAGGCCGAGGGAUGGCUGGCAAGCGCCCUCCUACAGGAGGACCUGGUGGGCGACUGGAGGUGGCUGGGGUUGUUGUGGGUGAAUGGGCCGGCAGUGACGGAUCCAGGGGACGAGGAAUGUACUCGGGCUCUGGCACCGCAGUGAGAGGCGGGCGACCAAAUCAUCGAGGAGGAAUGGGACGCGGUCACUAUGGCAACGGCGCCAUGACCGGCUACUUCCCUCCUGGCCCUCAGCAGCAAAUGUGGGGAGUUCAAGAUGUCAGGCAACCUCCCCAAUUUGGAGACCCUAGCCUUGCUUACAGGCGCCAAAACAAGCCCAAGCCUCGCAAAACCCAAAGGAAUAAUGGUGAUGGUGGCAGCAUAGUACCCGGCAAGGGAAGAGGCCGAGGCCAGACCAUUGAAGGGUCGGAUGGCCCAUCACCUGGUGGGGGCGGUGAUCUUGAAGAUGGUGGAGCUGGCGUUGAGGAUUACUCCACCAAAGGGCGGGGCAAACUCAGCACGUCCGACUCGGUCAGCGACACUAGCAGCUCAGAAGAAGACGUGCCUGGUGCGUUCAGCGACGCCAAGGAGACUCUGUCACCGAGUACGGACUAUCACCCUAGUCAGACAGACUUUCAAGAAACCUCCGAUGAUGUUGUCUCCAGUUACCAUGAGGGUGGUUACGACCUUCCCGGUACCCAUGUAGGACCCCCGUAUAACGGAGGAGUCGACCACAGUGGGUUGCACUCAGACAGCGCGCCAAAGGUCCCCUAGGCCUUCCGUAGGACUCAGUUUUUUUCCUUUUUUUUUUUUAAUGGAUGGUUGUUAAAACAUAGGAUGAGAGUUGAUAUUUUUUGGAUUGAUGUGUGCUGAAUGGAUGUUGGCGAAUUUAUAAAAAAAAAUAAAACUUUGAAAAAGAAGAUAAUAAAGAAAACAAAAAAAUGAAGAACGGAAAAGCAAUGAUUUCUUAUGAAAUAAGAAAAGUAGAGGACAAGUUUGUGGGUUAGAACUGCACAAAAUUCUUGAGUGGUUUAAGGGACAGCAAUUUUUGUACCAAUCGUUUCCCCUCACUUUAGAUCUUUUGUCUGAACUCGGAGGUGGGCGUGUUGUAAUAGGAGCAUUAAUUGAGGUAGUUUGUAAUACUUCGAGUGGCUUUAUAUCCAUCCAUCACACAUCAGCUUUCUGUCAAGGGGGUUGCGACCUCUGUUGACAUUAAUAACAGCACUGGAAGAUAGUACGUUGUUUUCAAAAUUCCCUUCUCUUUUUUGUUUUGGACACCUAUGCAUCUUUCGGAAGAAGGAUUGAUUUCUGUGCUUGAGUCCAUAGUUACAUUUGCUUAUCCUUCGUAAGUUAACUUUGGACUGUUUUCACCAAGCAUGAGAGUCGUGUUUAAACGCUGCUGAGGUAGACUUCACUGUGUGUCACAAAAUGUAGCAUGACUGUGGGUUCCUUUUUGAGCUAUGUCAAAAAUGAGCUGCUUUUGGCUGCGGCUACUGCUGUUGGCUUCAUCAGCCGUGUCCAUAGUCAUCAAUCAGGCGGUCUAGCCGUAGCGGUAGCUGUUUACUUUCAAGUUAUGAGAAGAAAAAAAUGAACAACCCAAGAUAAACAAUGAAAGGUUUUGGACAGCUUUGGUAAUUUUUAAAGAACAGUUAGUGUCCAGUGCCUUUAAGAGUCAGUUACGCUUAAACUUGGUAAUUUUCGAAACAACAUCUGAGAUACAGAGAGCACCUGAAUGUCAUUAUGUCACACACUAGUAAGCAUCAUAGCAGUGUAGGAGUAAAUCCGUUCUUUCCACUUGUAAGAUUUAAAACUGCCUUCCGAAAGUGCCAUACAAUCUGAUGCGCCAUUAAUGUCUUUUAUGAACCCAUUUGACCGUAUAGUAAUCGUAGACCUUUUUCAAUCAUAACGGGGAUACGUUAUGGCGACCAUGACCAGACGCAGGUUUGGAUCUUUCUGUUGUGCUGCGAUGCUGAUUUUCUGACUAAACUGUAUCCGAGUUUUAAGCUAAGCUCAGUUUCAAGAUGCAGGAAUUUACGAAGCUUUGUAAAGCUGUUGUUUAAAAAUAGACCCGAUGCUACAGCCUAGGAACUCUCUAUUGUCAAUAUGUUUUGGACACAGCAAGUUCUUUUAAGGUCACACAAUGGCUAUAUAUUUUACAAAUAUCAAUUUUUUAAGAGAAAUGUCUUCAUCACUUACACUUUUCUUGGUUGGGACUUAUUCACACAAAGAUAUUGCAAAUUUUCUUUGUUCCCGUCUGAUUUUUAUUUGUUUCAAUUCCCUGUGCAUGGUCGCCAAAAAUGGAGCCCUCUUAUGUUUGCGAACGUAUCGGACAUGUAACUAUGAUUCAGGAAGCACCGACGACGUAAACAAACACACAACACUUAUAUGCAGGCGCCAAUAGCAAGGCCACUUAAAUAACAUUAUGCACAUUGCGUUUCAGUGCCUUUGAACAUAAAUCUUGGUGAGAACUUGUUUUCCCUGAGAUGUCAUCUUUUGAUGGUUGAUAUUCUAUGCAGCACAGUACAGUUUUUGUAUUAACACUCCCCAAUUUCAUAAGCCCCCCUUGUACUAUCAAUCAAACCGAACAAAUAUUGCCUUGACCCGAUUUUUUAAACGGAACAUUCAGGUAUUUUCUUCCAAGUUGAGACUGCUGUGUUAGUUUGAUACACACAGCAGUACAACAAUGCAGACCAAAUAGUGACAAAUGCAAGAAAAAAAAAUUGUUAAGAGUAGAAAAGGCCCAUAUUUUAUUCAAAACUAAAAUAGUAGCUUGUCAAUUUUGUUUCGCCUUUUGUGUAGUGAAAUAUUCAGCCGAUUGUGAAAAGUGGCUUAGUUUUUUUUUUUUUUUUUUUUUUUUCGGAAUCUGAAACUGUGACUUUCAAUUUCUCAAACUCCAAACAAGGUUACCUUUAUUUCCCAAAUAAUCAAGGUGAAGGUGAAGGUUUUGGAAAUCUUAAGACGCCUAUAGUGAACCCAGUGUCUGAUUUCAUAGGAAGGUUUAAGCAGAAGAUAUUACUCACUAAAGAAUUAAGCAUGGAGCCAGUUAAAAGCACUACACAUCACAUGCUAUUUUAACUGGUAACCCUUUUUUUCUGGUAAGCAAGGUCAUUUGCAUGCUUAGAUAUCUUCCGUGCUGAAGCAGUAAAUAGGAUUCUAGAAGCAUUAUUAGUUUAAUGGAAACAUUUUACCCAAAGUUGAAGUUUGGUUAUUGUGCUGCAUCUAUGCAAAAUACUACCCCAUCAGAUGGUUGAGGCAAAACUGCUAGUGGUGUUUUUGAUAUUAAUUUGAACACAUGACGACCGACUCUGAAAUCGCUUUUAAAAAUGUUUAACCGGUACGGUAGAUGUGACUUGACUUGUUUUGUUAUUGACACCAGACACCAGAAAGUGACUGUUUUUUUCGUGGUGUCACUUUUUACUUGUGUUUGUUCUAUUUAUGCAAUUAUAAUAAUGCAGAAAGGAAGAAGAAACAAAAUUGACGUCUGAUUGUUGUGGUCGUAACCGGGACUACUACGUUUCUCGUGUCUGGAACAAUGUCACUGUACACUGUUGGUUCAAACUUGGUGCUCAAUGCUAAAAUGUGACGUCUGGAAGUCGGGGAGAAACUUGUUCAUGUUGAAAUGAAAUUUCACUGGAUCAAUUUUGAAUUUGUUGUACUACUUCCACGUGUGAACCUGGCAAAUGUGUGAUUGGGACCAGUUUCACUGAACUGGUUAACAGCAAAAGUUACGCUAAGUAGAAAUAGGUUACCAGCCAAACAUCUGUUAGUGUAUAAUGAUUGGUCUGUUUUGUUCAAUGAUGAGUUGAAUUUGAUGAGAACUCUUUCCCACCAAACAGCUCUAUUUAACUAGACUUGGCGCACAGAGCUGUCACAGCAGGGAAACGGAGCUUAACAAAAUUCUUUGUUUAUUAUGUACCACCAGGGAACCAACUGCACUUUGGUGCAUAUCACACAGCAUGUUUAGCUGGUAACCUGAUACUUGUAAGCAAGAUUUUUCUCUGCUAAGCGAACAUCUACAGCUUUGUGAAUUUGGGAAAUGUUUUAAUCAGUAGAGCAGUACACUUUUACUGUGAGACUUGGUUUGAUAUUCGUCUGUAAAUUGUUUAUUUUGUGGCGCAUCUCUUCACUCAAUAAUCUGGAUGUUAUGCAUUAAUAUCUAACUUGUCGCCAGAGCGCAUUAUUUAAAAUUUGGAUCACCGUGUCACAUGAUAUUGCUGUACUAAGUGUCUUGUCUACUCACGGCUGUAAUUAUAAGCUUAAUAUUUAUUUGCGUGAAAAUCGCUGUUUUUUAACAAAUUAUUGUGAUGAUUGAGACGCUGCUACAUUUCAUUCCAUUAGUGUACAUUGGCUUAUUUGAACAUACUGUGUUUGGUGAUGCCAAACUUAAUUCGUGUAACGCAUAGCUACGCAUAGCUAUAUGCGUUGCUCAAAUAAUUGUAGUGCCCCCCUCCCCCCCCCCCCCAUUUUGUUGUAAACAGCCAUUGUAACUUUGUCCCCCAACACACUGAAUAAUUCAUGUAUUCAAUUUGCAUAUUAUUGCAUGUUUAAAACUAGAAAACAUAGUGAGUCUUCAGGGAGAUGCCACCGUUAGCAAGUCAAAAAUAUCCUAUUUAAACAAAAUGAGGGAAAAACAAAAUAUGAAAAAUAAAAACCUGAUAGUUGAAGUUGUGAUAAGUAAACCCUAGCUGUUAUAAAUGAUGCCGGAUGUAAUGAUAUGUAGAUCAAGAUGUGUUAAAAUGAUUCAUCAUUUAAUAGAUUAUGGGUUAUUGAAGUAUGGCAUGCAAUGUACUCAACUAAUAGGCACCAAGAUUGUCCCAUGAAGAAUCCUGUAUCACUCCAAUAGCUCUUCCUUUUUUUCUUCUUUUUUUUAGUGUUGCUUCGAAAAUUGUUUCUUUUAGAUUUAUUUAGGACACAAAUAAUGGUAAUCGAAUACUACCCCCCCCCCCCCCCCAGAGUAGCUAUUUUCCCCUAGCAAGCUAUAUUUUGCUUAUAUAUUUUCUGUCCUUUGUAAAAACCUGGUUGUUGGAUUUUUAGCAACUGUGUUCUUUGGAAAGAGAAACAACAAAGUAGUUUUUACUUAUUAAAGUGGUUUUAUUUGACCAAGUUCCCCAUAGUUUAGAGUGCAUGCUUAUUAUUAUCCACUUAAAGUCUUCUUGUAAACUUUAAAGUCUUUGAAUUGCGAAGGAUUUCAUAAAGUGCUUUUGGUGUUUCUGUCUAAAAGUUCAUUUUCCUUUGAGGUAAAAAGAGGGUGAAUUCACCAGAUAAUUAUUAUUUUUAUUAGGUAUAAUUUUUAUUUGUAUUUUGUUUACCUCCGUUAUGUGACUAUCCCUUCAAAUGUGAAAUAUCCAAACUCUUUGUUAUUAUUUGUUUUUUUAUUGGACUAUAUCCUUAAACCUUUAACUAGCAGUCAAUUAGUGAAAUAUACACUGCACGCGUUCUAAUUUUGUCCGAAAUGUCUUCAUGGUCCGGAAUUUAUUUAGGGGUACCUCAAGUCCUGGGUUGUGAGAUAGAGAACCAUAAAUUUAAACCACUUUGGCCGUGACCACCUCACUAUGAAAACUUGUUUCUUCAGUUUAGCACAUCAUCAUCAGAAAUGUUUGAUUAUUCGUUUAAAUGUUGUAAAUUGUUUCAUUUUAGGUUUCAUACAUUUUGCUUGUAGGACAAUAAAAUUAUCAACUAGCGAUAGCUCCAUUUUGCUCAUCUUAAGAGCACGUUUUGCAGUCCUUUAGUUAUGUAAAGUAUAAUAAUAAAAUAAAAAAAUAGUUGUAGGCAUAUUUAAAAAAAAAAAAAAA